UGUGCGAAUGGCCUGAUCGUUCAGCUUCCGGUUGAGAAUUGCGGUGCUGGACUGCUGAAGACGCUCAGCAGCUCGUCGCUACAACUCGACGAUGUGUUCAGAAUUGGUCAAAUGCUGGCAUUUAAAGUCCUUAAGCCAGCAGCACCAAAACAAGGUUCGAAAUGA